CUUCCCAGUAUCCGGUCGGACGAUGAGCCGCAUCUACAGCGACGAGCGGCUGCGGGUCGGCCCGGUGCAUCGACACCGCCUCCCCGGCUGCUGGACCCCGGCCACCGCCACACGGACACCAUGUGGUCCUGGUGCGGUGCUGGAAGGGGAACUACUGCUGGUGACCCGGCAUCAGAUCGAGGACGAGACCGACAGUAAGUACCGUUACUUCAUUCUGUAUAUUAAGCCAACGAAAAUCCACAAAAGAAAGUUUGAUUCUGAUGGAGUGGAGAUUGAACCAAACUUCAGUGAAACCAAGAAAGUCAACACUGGAUACUUAAUGUCAUCCUUCAAGGUGGAAGCUAAAGGACAGUCAGAUAAGAUUUCGACAGAAGAGUUGAAGAAGUUGAUUUACAAAUCAGAGCUGGUGCAGAUCUCCGAGAAACACACCCCAGACCAAAGCUUUGCAUUUUGGAUCACUGAAGAAGAGAUGGGAAACAUUGAGCUGGACGUCGGAGAUGCGUUGCGUCUGAAAACACAGGGCGACAGCCCAUUUAUCCUUACAGUGGCCAAAUUGGAUGCAGGAACUGUGACCAAAUGCAACUUUGCAGGUGAUAAAAAGGCAGGAGAUUCCUGGACAGACAAUAUAUUUGCUACAAAGUCUAAAAACGAGCAAGAGGAUAAAGGCAGCAGCCGAGGAGAGGGUGCUGAGGAGGAUGAGUGGUCGGAGGAUAUGCAACAGCAGAUAAUCCGUGAAACUUUCCAACUGGUAUCCAGGAGAGAUGAAAAUGUUUGCAACUUUCUGGAAGGUGGCAGUUUGAUUGGAGGGUCAGAUUACAAGCUGAUCUACCGACACUAUGCUACCCUCUAUUUCUUGUUCUGUGUCGACUCUUCGGAGAGCGAGUUGGGGAUCCUGGAUCUGAUACAGGUGUUUGUGGAAACAUUGGACAAGUGUUUUGAAAACGUUUGUGAGCUUGAUCUUAUAUUCCACAUGGACAAGGUCCAUUGUAUUCUGCAGGAAGUUGUAAUGGGAGGAAUGGUGUUGGAGACCAACAUGAAUGAGAUUGUGUCACAGGUCGAGGCACAAACUAAACUGGAAAAGGCAGAGGCUGGGUUCUCUGCAGCUCCGGCCCGUGCAGUCUCUGCUGUCAAGAACAUCAAUCUCCCAGAGAUCCCACGCAACAUCAAAGUUUCCAAUCUAUCCCCGUUUGUAUAAAAGGACAUUUUGAAUCAA